GCGGGACUGGCAACAGCUGCGCCAAGCGAGGACCAGGCAGGGGUCGUUGUGGAGAAUUUGGGCAUGAAGUUUACUCCCUCUUGAGCUGAGCGAGUGUGCGACAUGUCCUCCAAGUACAAGGCUUCCGAGGGAGAUUGGGUGUGCGUGGAUCCGAAGUGCUCCAAUGUGAACUUUGCUCGCCGCAGUACGUGCAACAGGUGUGGGAAAGAGCGCAGUGGGUCAGGUGGCAGCAGUGCGGAGAAGAAACGGCAGCUUGGGAUGGAGAUUGGCAAGGCUGCGGCGGAGAAGUCCCACGGGCUGUUCAGCGCCGACGACUGGCAGUGCAGCAAGUGCGGCAAUGUGAACUGGGCGCGGCGUCAGACUUGUAACAUGUGCAAUGCGCCGAAGUUUGGGGACCUUGAGGAGAGGACAGGGUAUGGUGGCGGCUUCAACGAGCGCGAGGGUGUGGAGUACAUUCAGCGCGAGGAGUCCGAUGAUGAGUUUGACGAGUUUGGCCGCAAGAAGAAGAAGUUUCGGAAUAAGUUGCCCCCGUCGUCUGAUAGCAAGAAACACGUAGCGCCAGCCAAUGACGACGACGAUGAUGAUGAGGACGAGGAUGAUGAUGACGGUGAUCUCUCUAAGUACGACAUCUGGAAUGAUGACGAAGAUGACGACAAGAGCGAUGCAAAGGAUGACAAGAAGAGGAACGGGAAGACUGACGAUUCCCCACACAAGGGUCGGCGUUCCCGGUCCAGGUCGCGCUCCUACUCCAGGGGUCGGCGCAGCUCAAGGUCAUACUCCAGGUCGCGCUCCAGUUCGUCAGGGUCCUCAAGAUCCAGGUCCAGGUCAUCGCGUUCAUCAUCAAGGUCGUGGUCCAAGUCAAGGCGACGUCACAACAGCACGUCCAGCUCCAAGUCCCGAUCGCCGCGGUCUCGCAGGUCGCGGCGGACCAGGUCAAGGUCUGGGGACCGUUCAGGCUCGAAGAGGAGGCGGAUAUCGCGUCACAGCAGGACCCGAUCACGCUCCAGGUCGAGGUCAUAUUCAAGGGACCGGAAAUAUUGCAGAAAAUAAUGCUAGUGUGGAGAGGGAGUGGUGGCAACUCAAGCAGCAGGAUCAGGAGCAGCAGCAGCAGCAGCAGGAGCAGGAGCAGAACCCCAUUGCCCCCUCCCCCUCACACACACAUACGUACACACACCUGCAGCAAGGGCAGGUGUGUAGCAGUAUUUUGUCUUUCCACGGAUUAACUCAAACUGCUCUCUCUCUCUCUCUCUCUCUCUCUCUCUCUCUCUCUCUCUCUCUCUCUCUCUCUCUCUCU